UCAAGUGGGCAAGUUACAACUACUGGACCAGUUACAUCAAGUGGGCAAGUUACAACUACUGGACUAGUUACUACUAGUCACACCACCGUGGGGAACAUUAAUGUCACCACUAACGGCCUAGAAAACGCAGUAAAUAUCAUGAAAAAUCUCUCCUCCUACCUGGAACAGACGGGCAACUCCACGGCAUAUAUUAAAAUAGGCAAUAUUAAAGGAGUGGUCACUAAACUUCCCCCCAGAAAUCAAGAAAACAUCAACAUUGGCAUCACAACAAGUGAUGGUGUCAAAAUUAUAGAGAAUAACAAUGAUUUGACGACAGGCUGCUCUCGAUUGGUACAAAUCCCAAAAGAGGCCAGUGACAUGGCAGUAGGAAGAAAUGGUUCAUUUGUUGGAGUUGUAUUUUUUUCAGGAAUAUAUCAGCAGAAUGACUCCAACAGUUAUUUUCUCAACAAUGAGGCAGUGGGAAUUGAUAUGGGAACAGAAAUAUCCAACCUCUCACAUACCAUAGACAUUCAGUUCAAUAAUGUGGACAAGAAAGGAAAUAUUGCUUCAUGUAGGUCGUGGGAUGGCAAAGGAAAAGAAGCGAUUUGGAUCACAGAUGGCUGUAGGACCUAUGAGACCAAUGGCAGCAUCACAUGCCAGUGCUCUCAUCUAACAUUUUUUGCAAUACUGUUGUCACCCUCACCUGGAAACAUCAGCUCUUCAGACUUGAAUUCUCUGACCUACAUCACAUCCAUCGGCUGUGGCCUGUCUAUGUUUUUCCUAGCAGUGGCUCUCUUUAUGCAUUGUCUUAUCAGAAAAGGGAAAGCAAGCCAAGCAACUAAGAUCCUGAUCAACCUCUUUGUUGCCAUGUUCACCCUGAACUUGUCCUUCCUGACCAAUGAGAGCAUUGCCAACCUAGGGAACUUUGGCGCAUGUGUGACCAUUGCAGCAGUUAUGCACUACACUUUGUUGGCCACUUUUACCUGGUUUUUCAUGGAGGCUCUACACUUGUGCUUUAAUCUGUGGAAGCACCCAUCUGAAAUCAAACAUUAUAUGAUGAAGAUUUGCGUUGCAGGAUGGGUCACACCAGCUGUAGUGGUGAUUGCUUUUCUUGCCUCAGGAAAAUAUGAUUACCUGGUCAUAAAUACCAGUGAUGGAAACUCAGCAAAAAUGUGCUGGAUCUCUGAUGCUGUUGUCCAUCAGGUGGUGAAUAUCGGUUAUUAUGCUAUAGUGUUCAUCUUCACCUUUUGCAUAUUCAUCAUAACUGUGCGGCAGAUUGUUCUUUUCAAACCCACAACAGGGAAAGGCCAGGACAUCAGCUCCAUCAAGAGAAACUCUUACUCCAUUAUAGGCCUGUUCUUCCUGCUUGGCAUCACCUGGGCCUUUGCUUUCUUCAGCUACGGGCCUUUGCGUGUAGCAUCCUACUAUAUCUUCACCAUCCUCAACUCCUUUCAAGGUUUCUUCCUGUUCAUCUACUAUUACCAUUCCAGCAAGACUGUUGGAGAGGACAGACUCCGCACAGUCAGUGGUAGCAGUACAGCCACAUCAAAGACAGUUGUCCCAAAUCUCUAUCAAUAAGUAUUUGUGCUCCACAUGUUUCACAUGGAGACAGAAAGUGAUUUUGCCUGAAAUUAUUUUGACACAAGAGGGCAGCAUUUAAUUUCAUUUAGUCAAGCAGAUCCUCUGUUGAAUGAGGUGCUAGUAAAUUG